AUAUGUAGCGUAGCCGGAAAUCGUUGCGAAAGUGAGAGUGGUCUACAUAUCCAAGCGCAAACCGAUGAACAAAUAAAUAGCAGUACGGAUGUUUAACUAUUUAAAUCCCUCUAAGUUGGGAGAUAAAUAACAAGUUUUUAAACCGCUAUAAUCCACCUCAGAACGAAAGACAGCUUUAGCGAUAUACAAAGUAUGUCUAUCUACUGUAAUCUUUUGUUUGUAUCGCCGUGCCGCCGUGAGCUCUCAUGAAUGAGCUCCGUCGCUCUCGCGAUUUCUCGCGUAGUGACGGGAUUUCGUGAAGUAAAACAUGGAAGAUGGCGGCUGAUAAUGAUGUGCGGUUAAUAGAGCGAUUACGCGUUGUGAUCGGCGAAGCAAAGAACCUGCCGCCUAGAAGCCAUGGCUCGGUGGAACAGCGUGACGUCUACUGCGCCAUCAAGCUCGACCAGGAGGAGAUAUUUCGCACGACGACCAAGGAGAAAACCCUCAAUCCCUUCUUCUCCGAGGACUUCCAAUUUGAAGUGCCGCGGGAGUUCCGGUACCUAUCAGUCUAUGUGGCUGAGCGAGAGCGGGCCUCUAACAAGGACAAAGUGCUGGGCAAGGUCUCGAUCAAGAAAGAGGGAAUGCACAAGUUUUAUGGCAAAGACAACUGGUUCCCUAUCAUGCCCGUAGACGCCAACUCGGAAGUGCAGGGAAAAGCUCACAUUUCAGUUAGGUUAGAGCCAUCAACAAAGUCUUCCAUAUACGGACCCUGUGCAAAACUUGUAGUAAGAGUGACAGAAUGCAGUGACCUGAACUUGGUGAAUGGCUCCUGCAACCCAUAUGCUCAAGUGACCCUGUGCCAUGGCAACACCAAGCAGGAGACCCGCAAAAGCAAAGUCCGUCGGAAAACAGUUUGCCCCUGCUUUGAGGAUACCCUCUUCACCUUUGAUCUCAAGCCACAGCGGUCAGACAAGCAGAUACGCUCUAUAAAGGAUGAGCUUAGCAACCUCGAACUUAGGGUCUGCCUGCAGCAUGACCUGAGUGGGGUGGGUGGCAUGUUUGGAAGCGUGUUCCUCGGGGAGGUACGGAUCCCCAUCCGUGACCUUGCUUUGGAACGAAGCUGUUCCCACCAGGCCUGGUACCUUCUGCAGCCACGCUCAGAGGGUCAGCGCUCACCCCCCACUGCCACGGGACCAUCAUCAGCCAAUGGAGCGGCAGCAGGCAGCCUCGGCUCCCUGCGGCUCAAGCUCUUCUUUACAUCGGACCGGGUCUUCUCUAGUCACUUCUACAUGGACCUUCGUGAGCUCUUGCUCAUGUCACCCAAUGUAAAGCCAGUGACGUCAAGUGCAGCUUAUGUGUUGGGCGAGAUGGUGCAACACAAGGAUGACGCGGCUCAGCCUUUGGUUAAAAUAUUCAAGAGCCACAGUUCUGUUCUACCCCUGCUGCGAGCGCUGGCCAGCUGGGAGGUGGCUGGUGCAACGGACCCGCACACUAUUUUCCGAGGCAAUACGCUGGUCUCCAAAUGUGUUGAUGAGUACAUGAAGCUGACAGGCAUGCUCUACCUGCAAGAUACUCUCAAGACAGUCGUGGCAAAGAUUCUAACUGAGCGACUACCGUGUGAAAUCGACCCCACAAGGCUGAAGGAUGGAGAGUCCCUGAAAGUAAAUGAGGCACACCUCCGAGGCUACGUGGGUUCAGCACUGUCAGCCAUUGUGGGCUCGUGGGUGGCCUGCCCUUGGGAGCUAUGUGACUUGUUCUCCAUGCUACGGAGCCUGGCAGCUGACCGCUUCCCUGGCCGCAAAGAGCUGCAGUACUCGGUGAUUUCUGUGUUCCUCUUCCUGCGCUUUUUUGCAGCAGCCAUUCUCAGCCCCAAGCUCUUCGAGCUCUGCUCCCGGCCCAUUGACGAGCAAUGUCACAGGACACUGACGUUGGUGUCCAAGUCCAUACAGACCCUUGGGAACCUUGUCAGCUCCACAUCAGCGCAGCCGUUUUAUAAAGAAGACUACAUGAAAGAGUUUUAUGAAAACUUCAUCACCGAAGAGCACAAGGAAGCUGUGAGACAGUACCUUGAGCUCAUCUCCUUGAAAAAUGUCCCAAUGCGAAACCUUGACACACCGUCCAUUGUCCUGAAGGAAGGGACCAUGACCAAAAGGGCACAAGGGCGCAACAGGCUUGGCCUCAAAAACUUCAAGCGUCGCUACUUCUGCCUCACCACCAAGGAACUGUACUACUCAAAGACGAAAGACUCGAGUCCUCUGUGUGCCAUUCCACUGGAUGAAAUCUUGGGAGUGGAAAAGGUGCAGGAAGACUCAUUCAAGAUGAAGAAUGUGUUUCAGGUGAUCCAGAAGUCCCGAGCGUUGUACAUCCAGGCCAACAACUGUGUAGAAGAGAAGGAAUGGCGAACAAUCCUCACCCGCAUCUGCCACUUCAACUUAUGCCGCAUCCACACCUAUCACCCGGCUGCCUUCCUCAAGGGCCACUGGCUCUGCUGCAAAGAGGAGAGUGAAACGGCACCUGGCUGCUCGCCUGUGACCUCAUAUAACCUCGCCGACAUCAAGGUGACCAUCGACACAGACCGAGAAAUGCAGCGGGUCCACUCUAUUUUCCUCAACCAGAUGCAUAUCAUUGAGAGGCUUAUAGAGACAUGUCGGCAGCAGCUGCAAGGCGCUGCCGUACCAGGUGUUGAGUUCAGGCUUCCACCUGGGUUUGUGGUCGAGGACCCAGCCAGCCUGCUGACCACAUUGUCUUCCAUCAAGACCUUUGUGGAGACCAUGGAGCUCAAGCAUGAACGACAUCGGCACCAUCUCUACCGACAGACACAGUACGGCUCCAAGCAAGCACCCAUUGGGGACGACAACUACUUGCUCAUGUUCGCGCGGCAGCAGCAGCAGAGGACCGCCUCUGUGCCCAGUGCCUCCUCGCUGGCGCGACCCCUUACCAGUGAUCUCAACAUUCCUCUACCACCUCUUCCUGCACCAGCGCUGCCUCCCUCAGGCAGUGCCAACGGAAGCCUUGUCAGCCACAUGGACGUGCCUUAGCUGCUGCUUCUCCUCCUCUCAUCCUUCUGAAGUCACACGGCUUCUCUGCCCUUCCAGUGCACACUGCCGGUCCCGCUGCUAUGAUGGAAAGGGACCUGCAUCGCGCCAAGCCCGAGGCGCUUUUGGUAGACGUGCCAACUUCCCAAUGCCUUCUCUUACAGUGGUCCCUUGCGUCUCCCCCCCUUUGCAUUGGCCAAACACGAAGUGUCUACAGGGGGAGUUCAAGCCACGUUGCUUCCUAGUCGGUCACCCGAGGUCCUUCUCAUUCACUUGUGAAGCCCUGUACAUAUUAUGUGCCCUGUGAAUGCUGAACUUGGGUAAAGAGAGAGAGAAAAAUAUCCUCCAAUGGUUACAGCCCAUGCCGGUGCUCUGUGGAGAAGGAAAGACUUAAUCACGUACUCAUUGCUUAGUUCAUUCCAGAGUGAAGGGGCUGUAUGCUGCCACUGCUAACUAACUUGGGACUGAUGUGUAGUGAGCUGCACAUGCGAUUAAUAUAAUGCGGCCUCAUUGUGUUUUAAGCUUGUUACUUGCACAGCUGUCCGAAGGCGUGAACGUAGUCAUCUUGGACAGUGUGUAAUGGACCCAUGUGAUGUAGCAACAUUGCAAGCUGAGUUGUUCGGACUUGAAUGUUGGGGUGGCGCAUCUUUAUUGGGUCACCAUGCCCUUGCUUGGCUGUCAUGGCCUGUUGCUUGAAUAUCAAGGCCUGUUGUGUUGUUGCAUGUGAGGCAAUGGUCUGGCUGUACCACUUACAGAGCCUGAUAUAUUAUGGGCAGUGCAGUUAAUGUUUUGCGCACACAUGUGUGGAAAAACCUUGCUGUAUUAUCCUAAGUCGUAAUCCAUCCCCGUGACAUCACCCAGACCCCUUUCUCUUGCAAAUUGCCUUUUUCACAAAGCAUACCGAGACAUCAUUCACCUUGCAACAGUCAUGCAGAUAACGCACUACUCUGACUGACCUACGCACAUUAGGGGCAGCUUGCAACAGCCAUGGGUAGCAUUUUACUGUUUACUUGUUCUUCUCGUAAGCAUGUUUGCCAGGGACCUGUAAGCACACAUCACUGGCAAAUUUCUACGAAGCAUGACGGUUAUUGGCUUGCUGAUUCUUCAAACUGGGCUUGCAAAAUUUUCCAAUUCUUUUAUUUAUUACCGAGACAUCGCCUACCAAGCCUUUUCACUCACUAGAUCGUGUGGGUGAUGACCCUGGGUGUUUUGGUAGGUGGUUGUUACAUCUGCCCACUGCUCCAACUUCAACAGCCUCGCAUCAUACCAAUUACCCAGAAGCCCUAGAUUGUGAUGUGUUGGUGUUUGUAACUGCUUGAUCAAUCCUUUUCUGAACAAGCACGGUGAAUCUAUGAAGCCAAUUUUCCCAUUGUGCCAACAUGUAUCAUUUAGAGGUUGGAGCUGUUAAAAGUGAACGCAUCCCCUUGCAGGUGCACUUUAGGGUGGCACUGUAGCUUCAAAUUAUUCAGAAAUGAGUAGUCCGUAACACUGCAAACAGAUUUCCUAGGCAUACAGCAGAAGCUACUUGCACCGGAAGCACGUUGUGCAGUUUAGAAGUAAUACCGUAUUUGCACGAUUAUGAGGCGAAGUUUUCUUUUUUCUUGUGGAAACAUCUCGCAUGAUAUGUGGAUUCAUUGUUGUGAAUAUAGCGGAAGAUUUUUUUCACCCUUUCACCGUUCAAUACACAAUCAGCCCGACCAUCACAUACCCGAGCUGUGCAGAAAAGCCAGCCUUUCAAUGUCGUAAGAAGAACACAAACGUGCUGUUAUGGGAGCAGGCGUGCGUCUUCAAGGAAGCAGAAUUGGUACAAACGCUCAGUCCACCGCAGAGGUGCACAUCUGUACAGAGCCUGGCACAUGUACGGGUGUUCCUGGACAAUUUUGCAUUGCUGUUGCAUCGAAGAGUUAUAUUUUAAGCCCACAGUAUGGUUUGCACUAUUAUGUAUAUAAAAUUUUUUACUUUUUUUAUCAUAAAAGGUAUCUCCUCGCAUUAUUUUUGUGGUCACAUUAUGUUCAUGCAAAUACGGUAUCUUUUUUGAGUCCUAAGUGUACAAAGUAAAAUUCUUUGUUCUUCCUGUUCGGUUCCUCGAUUACACCUUGGCCUCUAUAUUGUUGAGGGGCAAGUUUGUUGUUGUGGGGCACAGAUUCACAAACGGCUAGUGAGGUUAUUCAGCCGGACUCAAUCUACCAAUCUGCGCAUCUUUUACAGCCUAUUUUACCAAGUAGACAUUCUGUCAGUCAAUCCCUGCUAGCACUCCUUUAAUUUUCCAUUUUUUCAGUUACAGCAUCUUAUUGCGGUAUACCUGUUGCCUCAGCUUGGUAGCAAUCAGCCCCUGUAAAGUUUAUUUCACUUGAUUCAUUUGAAAUAGAUGUAAGCACAAGUUUCUCUACACAGCUGCACAAUGUAGCUGGGUCGCAUCCUUUUUUGUCGCACAAAUGCAUGCAUGGUGUAUUGUGUACUUCUCAUAAUCAGACACCCUCAUUCUGCUCAUUUAAAAUGUUGCAUAAACGAAUGAACAAGUCUUGGGGCUGUCUGCCACCAGUGUCAAGGUGUGCGAAGCACUCUCAUCAGUUAACAGAGAAACCUUUUAACGCUAUUGUGAACAAAACAAGAGGACAAACACAGCUGCUACUAAAGUUCACGCAUGUCACACACGGAAGCGUGUAAAUUUUUCCAACUAUGGCAGCGGGCAGUUUUGUUGAUACUUUCUACAUUUUUUGUCUGCAUGUUUGUGUAUUUUUGUUUCUGCUUGUGUAGUAUUUCUCUGUGUUUAAUAUAAUAUAUAUAUAUAUAUAUAAUAUACAUAUAUAAAUAUAUACACAUAUACAUACAUAUAUAUAAUAUACAUAAUUGUAACAAGUUACACGUGAACCCAUGAGUGAUGUGCACACAAGGCCUUUUAUUUCCUUAGUAGUUGAAUUGUAUGUCUGAAGAAACGGAAAGUGUGUUAAGGGUGUAGUACUUGGUGCAUUUUUAUUGCCAGGGGUGGCAUACACUAUGAAGUAUAAAUGAGAAGUGUUGUUUAAUGUGAGAGUUAGCUUUCAUUAAUUUAUUUCUGAUUCAGCGGGCCAGGCAAAAUUCAUUGGGAUCAUCCGGUGUUCCGAAUAAAGGGUGAAUUUAAAAUCCAUGGGUGCCUUUGGUGGUACUUGAUUUUAGUCAAGCUAUAUAGAAGGCUGUAUACUAACCGGCAUUGGUAAUCAAAAGUUAAUUGUAAUUGAUUAGAAUUAUAAUGUUUGGCAUUAACUUUUACACAUACAUUUUAAUAUGCGGUAUAUGUUUAACAGCUAAAAUUUGUCCAUGCAACUGAGCGCCACCUGUUGUACAGGCACCAAUUGUGGCAUGGUUUGUAUCACCACGUCGAGAUUGUGCAACAGUUUAGUUUCCAGUCAACAUCAGACCAGUUCAUUUGGCCCCCAUUGAUUAGUCGGAAGAUUGGCCCGUUAGUGUAGUGAAUGACAAAUGAAUAAAGAUAAAAUUGUUGUACUAUGCCAGCGCUGAACAGCAUCAGAAUUCUCUUCAAUAAGUACACGCCAUCAUGGCCUUGGCGCCUUUUUUAUUUUGUAGUUGCUUGGACAUCCGCACGUGCUGUCUGCCACUAUUUGAUGGUGCAGAAGUAAAUACACAAGUGCAAGCAUUCAAAAGAGCAAGAGUUUGAUUUAUUGGUUUUUGCAAUUCUUGCAGUCAUUAUCAGAUUUGCCCUGCCUUUACUACUAGACCUGAUUGCACUUCCCAUCCAACUUCUCACUUUAAUUUAUACAAUGUAAACAUGCGUUACUAACCAUGGGGGUGUCUUUUCAUAGCUACAGUGCCUGGAGAUGGAACCUAGCAGAACUUUGAAGUGCAGUGUAACCAAGCACCCCCUUGUGUGCCGAUACCUUUUGAACGACAGAAUAGUGGUUUGAUUGUCCAUUUCAUUUGCUUUAGACAAGAAAAGCACCAUUUCACCAGCUCAUUCAUGCAUUAAGUCGCUGUCAUAAUUGCACAUAGUUAGGUCAUAGAUCAUUUCUUACCAUGCCCGUUGAGUAUGUUUUGCCUCUCCGUUUUGCUGCUUUGUUGCCUUGUUUACCUUAUACCACCUUUGCAUCAUGUUUCUGAGAUGACUUGUCGCGGUUACUCUUUUUGAUGAAUUGAUUGUGACACACCUGUGUCUCAGUGACUUGCGUUGAAAAGUGUAAAGAAAUAUUUUACAUGCUGCGCGCAGGCAUCUUAUGUCAGAUGCCAGUCGAAAUUCAUUAAUUUGAUUUCUAUUUUAAUUUUAUUCUAUUUGGAGCUGUAAUAUUGUUGUGCAAAACUUUCUAGUUUGGUAGUCAGUUGAUCUGAGCCUGGUUUCAUGCUUAUCGGUUCAUAAUUUUGUUUGCUGCGUUGAUUUGGGAUCCCAAACACCAAUUGGAAAUCAAGUGAGAAGGGGGUCAGUGGCAUGUGCUGUACAGCCAGUCACAAAAGUUUACAGGACACAGUUUCCACAACAAUUGUAAAUUUCUGUGCGAGGUGCUUCUGAUUGAAUGGAUCACUGCGUAGUUCGUAGACUAUUCCCGAAAUUGAAUUAAUGCAAAUCCAUCAACACACUGCACUGACCAGUUUCAAAGCAACACCAAAUCCUCUGGUGUGCUUUAGUGGAAAACACACUCACUUCCCAUUUGCACUGCCGCACAAGAUGCCUGCCAACAGCCUCAGUGCUUCCUUUGUCUUGUUUGUUGCAGUACUUACAUUUUCCGUGCCGUCAUUCAGUUGUAGUAGGUGUUCAGUGGUUCACAAAGUCCUCCUAGAACUGUGGUGAAUGUACAAACUGACCUUUAUGUUUUCAUUUGUCGAGAAAUUUGGGCAUACACUACACAUACAAUUGCCCUGUGUCAUUUGGCAGUGUACUGUAUAGAGAUUUGAAAGGGCAUGUGUGAUGCCUUGACCUUGGUGUCAUAAAGCGUUGGGGUCACUGUGGUAUGUAUGCAGUUUUGCUCUUGCAAGGAAAUGGUGAUGGUCUUGGCAAGAUAAGGCUGGUGGUGUGUUCCAUUUCGGAUAAGGGCAGCAAUAUUGCUUGGUGGCAAUGUGCUAUCUUCUUUUGUUUCCCAGAUGUUUAUAUCAAACACACAGAACAAGUUUUAUAGCAGAUUGUAAUGUGUAGCAAGUAUAGUGUGUAUGUACUACUAACAACUAGCAGCCAUGUUACUACCACCGUGCCUUGCUUGUACGAACAUACUGUUCAUGAAAGUUGUGUACGUCAAAUGCUCUAGAAAGCUGCAUGGGGGAGAGUCCUUGCAAAAUUUGCAUUGUGGAAUCUUCAAUAGGAUGUUUUUGUUUGCUUGGCUGGGGAAGGCUUCCUUUUCUUCUCGCAAUGAUUGCAGCCAAGAAGUGCAUUCACAUCUCGUUUAAAAAUUUUUCAAAAUCGAACUGUAUGCGUAAAAUAUACAUUCUCGCUCAUGUUUUCUAUAAGGAGAGAGCAGUGUGCCUACAGGGCAAUGUUAUGUAAGGCGAGAAGCAUCUAUGCAGAAGUGUUUUGGAGCAUUUUCUUGCUCUCCUUGCAAAGAGGAGGGCAUCAUUUACAUAACUCGAGUAACCAUAGUACUCCUGUCACACGAGCUUUACGUAAAGGUCACUUUAUGUAAAUUAGUUUGCUUCCAGUGUAGUAGUCCAUUUAAACUAGACACAGCUGCGACAUACAAGUGCUCCUGAAUAGCCAUUACACUGCAACAAAGCACAGUUCUUACGUGAUGCACUCCUCGGAAUAAAAUGACCUUUAUGGUGCCCGUGUAACAGGGGUAUGAACCUUAUCACCUAUUCUACGUUUUGCUGUUGAAGAGUUCGUGUUAAUGUGUUGCCAGAAGCCGCCUUCUUCACGUCUUUGGACUCCAUGUGGUGGCACAAAACAUGACUCUAAUGGUCACAAGCGAGAGUUGGUUGCGUGGACACUAUUUAUUGAGAACUAAACAUAUUUACUCCAACCAAGAACAAAGCUGUGGGAGUGCCUUUCUACUUCUCUGUUGUAUGUGUAUGUUACCAUUGUUCACAUAGCGAUGAGUAAAUGAAUUUUAUGCAACAG